AAGUGUUUGAACCCUGCCACUGUUUCUUCGUCCUCAUCAGUCUUGUUCCUCUGUCACCAAAAAACCCUGACAAACACGAAGAAGAAGAAGAAGAAGAAGAAGAAGAAGAAGAAGAAGAAGAUGAUGAUGAACCAGGAGGAACAACUGGUAGAAACCAUAGCCAAAAUCCUCCACAGUAACAAGAAUCCAUCCAACUCCUUGAAGCGUUUCAUCCCUCACCUCACCCUUCACCUCGCCGUCUCCAUCCUCUCAUGGGAGCCACUCCAUUCUCGCCCCACCGCUCUCCUCUCCUUCUUCAAAUGGCUCCAAACCCACGCUCCUCCCUCCCUCUCCGCCUCCCCUUACCUCCUCCUCACCCUCCUCCCUCCCCUCCUCCGCCACCACAAAUUCUCCGACGCCAAGUCCCUCCUCCACAACUUCAUCUCCUCCGACCGCCGCCACUCCCUCCAUAACCUCCUCCUCCACCCCAACCGGACCCUUCCCACCAUCCCAAUAUCACUCCUCGAUACCUCCCUCGCUGCCUAUGUUCAUGCCCGGAAGCCUCACCUUGCUUUCCAGAUCUUCACCAAGAUGAAACGAUACCGUUUCCGACCCAACUUGCUCACCUGCAAUACGCUUCUCAAUGCCCUUGUAAGAUCCUCUUCCUCUCAAUCCAUUCAGCUCUCCACACAGGUGUUUAACGAUGCCAUUAUGCUCGGGGUUAAGCCCAAUACAAACACUUUCAAUAUUUUGAUAUUUGGGUAUUGUUCUGUUAGCAAGUUUGAUCAAGCAUUUGAGUUGAUGAAUAAGAUGGGGGAGUUUGAGUGUUCCCCUGAUCAUGUCACCUAUAACACUUUACUGGAUGCGUUAUGCAAGAGGAGUCAGUUGGACAAGGUGAGGGAGUUGCUGCAUGAGAUGAAGGAUAGCGGGUUGGUUCCGAAUAAGAACACGUAUAAUAUAUUGGUUCAUGGGUAUUGCAGGUUGAAAUGGCUUAAAGAAGCUGCUGAGGUUAUUGAGUUGAUGACAAGGAGUGGUAUGUUGCCUGAUAUUUGGACUUAUAAUACAAUGAUGAGGGGUUUGUGUGACGAAGGGAAGAUUGAUGAGGCAAUUAGGCUUAGAGAUGAGAUGGAGAGUUUGAAAUUGGUUCCGGAUGUUGUUACUUAUAAUACCUUGAUUGAUGGGUGUUUUGAGUGUCGGGGCAGUGCUGAGGCGUUUAAGUUAGUUGAGGAGAUGAAGUUGAGGGGGGUCAAGCCGAAUGUGGUGACUUACAAUAUAAUGGUUAAGUGGUAUUGCAAGGAAGGUAAGACUGAUGAAGCGAGCAAAGUCAUGGCGAAGAUGGUGGAGAGUGGGGUUUCUCCUAACUGCUUUACUUAUAAUACUAUCAUUAAUGGUUAUUGUAAACUGGGAAAGCUUGGGGAGGCGUUUAGGAUGAUGGAGGAUAUGGGAAGGAAGGGAAUGAAAGCAGAUACUUUCACUCUUAAUACCAUAUUACACAUCUUGUGCAUGGAGAAGAAGCUUAAAGAUGCAUAUGAGUUAAUUAAAAGUGCCUGGAAGCGAGGUUAUAUUCUUGAUGAGGUAACCUAUGGAACACUAAUAAUGGGGUACUUUAAGGAUGACCAAGAAGACAAAGCUUUGAAGCUCUGGGAUGAGAUGAAGCAGAAAGGAAUUGUUCCUAGUGUUGUCACUUAUAACACUAUAAUAAGAGGGUUUUGCCUGUCUGGAAAAACUGAUCAAGCUGUAGAUAAAUUAAAUGAGCUUCUAGAGAAGGGUUUGCUCCCUGAUGAAGCUACAUCUAACAUAAUUAUUCAUGGUUACUGCUGGGAGGGAUUGGUAGAAAAAGCAUUUCAGUUCCAUAACAAAAUGAUAGAGAAGUCAUUCAAACCAGAUAUCUUCACAUGUAACAUUCUUCUUCGAGGACUUUGCAAACAUGGCAUGCUGGAGAAAGCUCUUAAACUUUUUGACACAUGGAUCUCUACAGGGAAGCCCAUUGACGUAGUUACAUACAACACAUUGAUAUCGUUCCUUUGCAAAGAAGGGAGACUUGAAGAUGCAUCUGAUCUCGUGACUGAAAUGGAGGGGAAAAAUUUGGAGCCUGACCAGUAUACUUAUAAUGCCAUCAUCAGCGGGCUUACUAAAGCUGGUAGAACUGAGGAAGCAGAAAAAUUGGUGUCAAAACUCGUUGAGAUAGGGCAAGAUGUGAAAACCCAGGACUCUUUUGGUUCAGGUGAUAUGACACGUUCAGAGCAAAUAAGUAAUUUGUGUACUCAGGGGAAGUACAAGGAUGCGAUGAAACUAUUUCAAGAUACAGAGCAGAAAGGAGUUAGCCUAAGUAAAUACACAUAUAUCAAACUGAUGGAUGGGCUCUUGAAGAGGCGAAAAAGCAUAUCGAAUGUUGACCGAUCUGAUUGAAACAAUAAAUUGGAUAGUUUUUUUGGGGGGGAUUUGGAUUUAGGAUGUUCUUAAUGUUGAAUCCAUUUGUGGAGGCAGUGUUGAGAUGGAAUUUAAUUAUUUCAUUGAUAUGGACUUUCUGGUUUCAGUUCUUGAUUUGAGAUAACAAUUGAUACAUAGAAUUGAUGCAGGACUUAUAACUGAGGUGGUACGUUUCUCAAUGGAGCUUCAAGUACAUCUUCAUUGUUGCUUCUCUUGAAUGGUUUUCUUAGCUGGAAUUGUCAGUGAUAGGCAGAUGGGUGCACCACGCAUGUCAAGAUAAUGAGGAUUUGGAAGCCAUGACAUGGAUGUUUGGAAUGUCAAAUUGGUGGUUAUUUUGUGGUUCUGUAAAAGUUUUAAAUUCUAAGGAUUUAAGGAAAAUUCUAGUAGGCAAGUAUUAGUGUUUUAAAGGGAAGAGUUUUUAUCGACAUGUUUGUCAAAUUAGAAGAAAUUGCAUAGGCUCUCUGGGUUUUAAAUGAUUUAUUUUAAAUUAGGUUUAUUUUCAAAUUAUAUUUGAAGAAGCCUUUUUGGUUGAGUGAGCUAUAGAUUGUAUGAAGUUUUUAGUAGAAAUGAUUUUGGCACUUUUUGGAGAAGAUGAAUUAUUGAAUUUCUUUCAACUGCUACUUUCCUGUGACUGUGGAUGGCAAAAUUAAGUCUUUGUCUAAAUGUCAGCCGGGAGUCGGUCUAGGAGAUCACUUAUCCCCUAGAAGGAUUCAGUUUGAACUUUGAAUAAAUAUACAUAUAGCAAGAUAGUGGAUGGGCUAUUGAACUGUUGAACAGCUAAAAGCAUAUAAAAGGUUGCCUGAUCAGAUUGACACAGUAAAUUAGCUAGGUACUAUUUAUUUUGGCAUUAGGAUUUAUGAUACCCAUAAUGCUGCAUUGUGUUUUAGAUGCAAUGUUCUGAUUAUUAUUGAUUUCAUGUAAGUGUGUUUUUUCCAUAAGUAAUUAAUUUCAGUUUUUGUAACUACUUAAGCAAAAUACUUUUUAUUGUCUUGGCCUAUCUGUUCAUGUCUUCUCUGGAAUUUGUAGAUGGGAACUGUAGUUGAAGUUUAAAUUGAAGGAAGAUUGCUAAUUUUCCGGAAAGGGAAUCUCUUAUGGAACUAUUCUUAAACUGCAAUGGAUGAUCAGCGGACUCUUGAUAAGAACCUUGGAUUAUGCUAAACAUCGACGGAUCCUUAUCUCAAAAGUGCCAGUCUGCUGCAUUUGGAGUAGUCAUCUGUGGCCACUGGGGAUCCUUCCUUGUGGCCUUUUCAUGCAGCCUAGAUUCGUGCUUUAUCAUCUAUAAUCUAGAAGAGACCAGACUUGGAAAAAUCUUGAUUUGGUAUUUUCUGCUGUUGAUAAGUAGCUUGAUCAGGAAGGUGAAAUUUCCACUUGAAGACAGCAGAUAGUGAUGAUUUACACAACACACAAACAUUCUUACUGUCUACCAGGAUAUUAAAUGUGUACCACUUGUGGAUUCCGUGUUGAUUAAGAUCCUCUCAUGUGACAUCACAAUGUUACGUAGAACAUUGUGUCUAUCUCUUUUCAUAAAUAUUCAAAGGGUAUCAUCUAUUUAAUACAUACGAAGAGAGAGAGAUAGAUACAAAAUUUCAACAUGAAGGAACAUGAGAGGAUCCUGAUCAUUUCGUGUGGCGAAGGGGGGGACCUAAGAGGAGUGUAAAUCAUGUUAUUGAAUGGAACAAUUGAGCAAUGAGGUUAAAAGUAUUCUCAGUAUGUCUCUUUUUCCCCUUGCUCUUGUUGGACACUAUCUUCCCUUCACAUGUAAAAGACAUGUAUUUCAAUUUUGGUUUUGUAACUGCUACUAAUAAUGCUCUGUUGCAAGUUUGAUGGUCAUAGGAUACAAUUUAUUGCAGGCCAAACAGUUAGUUGCCAAUUGAUUAUUGAUUCUUUUUCAUUUGUACUUCAAACGCCGUUUAAAUUGACACAAUCAGUUGUACUUCAAUGAUUAUCUGCUGUUCAGUGAUGGUUGGUAUU